AUGGAUGCCAAGAACCCCUAUACCCAGCCAACGGCAUGUUCUCCUGCCGGCGGCCACGAGCAGGUCUUACCCAUGCUAGGUAAACCAGCUGCUUGGGAUUCCGCCAUUCCUACUACCUCGAAUACUUCAGGUGGUACUAUCUUUAAUAAUUAUAAUUAUCCUCAUCAUCACCACCAACAGCAACAGCCUCAACUUGUCCAUCACCCUUUUGUUGCCGUCUCGUCGGCUGGGACAACUACUGUUCCUGCUGUCGCUCCCUCGUCAUCCUCCUUAUCACAUAACCCCGACGAAUCCGUAGCUGCAGCAUCGCGCUCUGCCGACUCGGAUUCAAAAAAUCGUCAAGAUGUAGGCAAGGGCGCCCUCUCGAAGCUUCGCAAGACUCGCAAAACCACCAAUGCGUCCAAUGGCCGGUCAACGUUGUUCUGGGUCCAUACCGAUCCGCAGUCGGUCUCAGAAGGAACGCGAGAAGAGACGCUGAAACGUAUUCGCUCCCAUGUGAUGUCGGAGCACAAUCGCAAGAAGAGAUUGGAGAACACUAAGCGUUACAAGAGCAAGACAUGGAAGCAUCUUGCAUUUCAGCCUGUUGAGACCACCAGCUCUAAUUCCUCCAGCGCAACUGCGGCAUCAGCGCCUGCUCCGAGUUCGGCCUCGUCGUCUCCGGCAUUCGAACAGAAUACUACCACCUCUUCACCCACCAUUCCCUCCACACAGCACGACCAACGGGCCGAACAGGAACACGAUCAAGGUCAACUACAGAUCAAGGAAGAGGAGGGACAAUUUGAGCUUGCUGUCACGAAGAGGAAUGACAACGUGGAGAGCUACGGCGUCGGUGCGCCUUCACAGACUCAAUCAGUCGACCCCGAACAAUCAAAAUCCUCUCCCCCAUGGGAUGGAUUAGGCCAAGGAGGGAAAGAUCCCUUCAAUACUUUGCAUACGCCUCUCUCGGAUAGGAUGUACCGACAUCUGCAGCACUCGCAGACGAGCCCGUUGAUUUUGGACACCUUUCACCAUCGUGGAGAGACGAUCCGUCUGGUCAACGAGAGCUUAUCGGACCCGCUUAAAGCCUCUAGCGACGAACUCAUUGCGGCGGUGUCGAUUCUUCUCACAAUCGAGGUAUGA